AUGUCCUGGAACCCAUUCACGAAAGUCCACUUCUACAGUGCCCUCCCACUCUCGAACCCAGCCGGGUCUUCGGAAAAAUGGCGACUCCCACGAAACGGCGCGGUCACCUCCCGGUUGAAAAGGGCUAUGUGCAGGUUCAUGAUCAUUCUUGCUUCGGUUACCGUCUUAACCGCCGGAUUCUCACUAGUUACUAUCCGCCAUUCUACAAGUCGAGCGAUCGCGAAGGCUACAGCUGUAGCGGAGAAGCCGAGGUGGGAGGGUUUCACGCUGCUGGAAGGGUAUUAUUCUGGGCUGGGGAGGCUGGUGAGGGGCGGUAGGCGGGAAUAUCCCCCUAUGGGGAUUACGGGGGCUGCCGGGAGCCAGGAGACUUUGAAGGAAGUGAAAAGUGUGGUCUUCAAUCCUUAUCCCGAUUUCGGGUCGAAGGAGUAUAAGAGUACUUGGCAGGGGGCGCAUGAAGAGUGUUCCUACGGGGUGGAUCUGUCGGGGAAAAAGAGGGGUAGGCCGGAGGUUAGAACUUUCGAAGGCAUUCCCGAAGGCAUGGGCAUUGGCGAUUUCCGUGGUGGAGGUGUAGGCUAAUGGGAGCGCCUUAGGUAUGCCAGCAGCUGUAUUCGGGAGCCAUUCCCUAUUGGGAUUGAAGGAUGAUUUAUGCUUCGAUCGAUAUGGGCGAUACGGAACUUAUGGCUACGGAUACAGCAAGGAGAAUGGUGGUCUGGGCGUAGCAGAGUAUGAUGGGGGCAUAACAGAUGGAGAUGAGACUGGGUGGGGCCGGGGCAGUAUGCCCGUAAAAGCGAUCGACUGGCGAGGGAUUGACUGGGGGGAGUUACAAAGGGAAUGCGUUGAGAAGAACAAAGAUCGCUUCAGCACAUCGGACCAGGGGGAUCUGGACCCGGAGGGGGUUUUGGCGGAGAGCGUGCACUCAUCCAACAGACGCUCCGGGAGAUCCGACGGGAAGAAGCCUCACGCUCGAGCCGCUAUACUACUGAGAACAUGGGCCGGUUACGAGUAUAAACCUAGCGAUAUGGCUUCUAUCCGAUCGCUCAUCUCAGAAUUAAGCCUCAAUUCUGGCGGUGAAUUCACCGUCUACCUCCUCGUCCAUGUCAAGGACAACGAGCUUCCAAUCUGGGCCUCCAAAAAGCUUUACGAAAAGACACUACGGGAGAGUGUCCCUGAGGAAUUCUGGGGAAUAGCGGAGCUCUGGAACGAAAGCAUGAUGGGAGCGAUCUAUAACAACUUGAAGGAUAACACCUUCCGUGGCAAUCGACUUCACGGGGUCUACAGAUCUAGUUUCUUUCCGGUUCAAGAGUUUGCAUAUCGUCAUCCUGAAUUCGACUUUGUAUGGAAUUGGGAGAUGGAUGUGAGAUAUAUCGGGCAUUUCUACGAGCUGUUCUCCGGAAUGGACGCUUGGGCUGCUAAACAACCACGGAAGCAUCUCUGGGAGCGUAAUGAGCGGUACUACAUCCCUUCCAUCCACGGUAACUGGGCAAACUUCUCCUCGGCGGUAGCAGCAAAAUCUCCGGAACCAAUAUGGGGACCUGUUCCAGUGGAGGGCGUCAAAAUAUUUCCAGCGGAUCCGGAGCCCCCCUUCCUGACCCCGGAGGAAGACACGGAGUCCACGUGGGGGGUAGGCGAGCCAGCUGAUCUCAUAUCAUUAAACCCGAUUUUUGACCCGGAAGAUGCGACCUGGUUCCUCUCUGGCGAUAGUACUGGCUAUGGGUUCCCCAUCGAGGACACGUCCCCUAAAGGCCCACCACGCCGUACCGCCAUUAUAGCCGUCGCUAGGCUUUCCCGAAAACUUCUCAUGAGGAUGCAUGCUGAAAACGCCCUUCAUGGCCACGCCAUGUGCUCGGAAAUGUGGCCACCAUCGGUUGCGCUGCAGCAUGGGCUUAAAGCUGUUUUUGCACCGCACCCUCUGUUCGUCGAUAGAGCCUGGCCACUAAAGUACCUUGAAAGGACGUUCAACGGUGGUCCAAAGGGAAGUACUGGCGGGAGGGGUAGCGUUUUCGGGAAGGGGGAGCACAACUUUCAGGGAACAAGCUGGUACUAUAACGCACAGUUCGCCUCAACGCUUUGGAAACGGUGGGUUGGGGUGGAGGUAGAUGGCGCGGGGGGUGAAAAGUUCGAAAGCGUACAGGGCAGAAUGUGCCUGAGGAGCAUGCUCUUACAUCCGAUCAAGGGUAUGGAGGUUUGA